AUGAGGAAAUUAUGAGUGUUUAUAUGUGUAUGCAAGUAUAUGAUGUUUAUAAAAUAAUAAGUAUCUCUUGAUUGUGGAUCAAUACAAGUGAUUUAUGCAAAUAUAUUUUAGAAGGAUCUUUAUAUUUUCAAAAGCAAGUCCAUGUCUUAUAUAUACCACUUAAUAUUCAUAAUUUAUUGAGAUGGAUCUGAAGAGUAUUUUGGUAAGGUUAAAAUAAACCAUUUCCCUGAAAGAUACAUGGUAAGAAAAUAGGAGGUCGAAUCCAGGCAUCUAACUCUCAGGUCACUCUUCUCACAAAUAGAUCAAUCAUCUUUUCCAUUUAUCAUUUUAAGUUUGAAGAUCCUCUAGAGUUGGAGUCCUGAGUUUAUGGAAAAGUGUCCCUCUAAGCCCUGAUAUUUAAUUUAGCCUUUUCCCUGCUAACCUCACCAAUAUCUUCUCUCUGGGCAGGAUCCUCAGUUCCAUUUUCCUGGUAUCUAACUGUAGUGAUCCUUGGAAGCUUCUGUUUCCUUCUCCUUUUAACAAAUGGAAUCUUGGGAUUCAUGGUUUUCCAGGGUCAUCAAGCAGACCAACCACAGAAGCCUCCAUUGGACAACAUAACACAAGAAGACAAAUACGAAUCUAAAAAUAUGAGUUUCCCAGAGAAAUCAUGCAACACAGGAAAUAAAACCAGCACAUGUAAAUCUAAAUGGUUGUGUUGUGAAGAGAGUUGUUAUCAUUUUUCACAUGAAUUGAUGAAAUUUGAAGAGAGUAAGAAAUUGUGCAAGAGAAUGAACUCCAAACUUCUUAAGAUAGAAGAUAAAGAAGAACUGAACUUCAUUCAAAGCCAAAUAUCUUACUUCUUUUGGAUUGGAUUGUCCCGUAAAGGAACCAACGCUGGCUGGAAAUGGGAAGAUAACUCAGAGCCCUCUCCUUAUGUUUUUACUUCAGGGGGUUGGAAAGAAUCAAAGGAUGGAAACUGUGGAAUUAUAACAGCAACAAAGAUGUCUUCUUUUGACUGUUCAAAAUCCAGGCCCUGUAUUUGUGAGAAGAAAAUUGCUUGCCUUUCUACCCGAUAAUGAAAACAACAGCAACAACAACAAAAAACCCCCAUUAUGUUUUCUUAUGAUAACCCAGACACUUGGAAGUUCAAGAGCCUCUAUCUGUCAUCUCAGAAGAUCUUUCCUUUGCAUUUUUUUUUUUUUGGCUUUACCAAUAUUCUAGCCUCUGAUGGAGAUAAGGCUGAAAUAAGAGAUGCAUCAGACCUACCACUUCCACCCCCUCUUGCAUCUAGACUGCUUAACGAUAACAGUUUUAAACACAGAUCAGUGGAGUAAGAGUACUAUUGCUUCUGAUGAAGAUCAGGAAGCAGAGUUCUGUACACCCUGUUUCUGCAACUCACGUAUUGAGAAGGUAACCCUGUAAACAGUAGUCACUAUCCUGCACAUUUUAACUGGGAAUGAAUACCAGUAGUAAUCAAAGUCAUUAUCCUGUAUCAAUUGUAUAUGUAUUGUUAUAUGACUCGUUACCUUUUCGGAGAAAGGCAGUACGAUAGACUGGAAAGAGAAUAGCAACUCGAAUCAGGUCUGAGUUUGAGACUUGCUACCACACCUAAUAGCUAUGUGCUCACUUCCUAAUACAAACUGCCAAAAUGUUUUCCAGAGUGACUGUACUAUUUUGCAUUCCCACCAGCAAUGAAUGAGAAUUCCAUUUGUUUGCAUCCUUCUAACAUUUAACAAUGCCACUUUUUAAAACCACUUUCAUAAUAAAGAUGUAGUGGAAUUUAACUAUGGUUUUAAUUUGUAUUUUCCUAAUGAAUGAAUGAUGCUGAAUAUCUUCUCAUGGGUUUUUUUUUUCCUUGUUUUGUCAUCCAUACAUCUCUACGCUGAAUUAUUUAUUCAAAUCAUUUGUCCAUUUUUAUGGACUGAAUUGUGUCCCCCCAAAAUACCUGUCAAUUUGGCUAGGUCCUGAUUCCCAGUAUUGUGUGAUUGCCUACCAUUUUGUCAUCUGAUGUGAUUUCCCUGUGUGUUGUAAAUCCUAUCACUAUGAUGUAAUAAGAUAGAUUAUAUUGAUGAGAUCUACAAGAUUAGAUAGUGUCUUAAGCCAAUCUCUUUUGAGAUAUAAAAGAGAGACGUGAGCAGAAAGACGUGGGGACCUCAAACCACCAAGAAAGCAGUGCCGGGAGCAGAGCACAUCCUUUGGACAUGAGGUUCCUGCGCUGAGAUGCUCCCAGACCAAGAGAAGACUGACAAGAACCUUCCUCCAGAGCCAACAGAGAAUGCCUUACCCUCGAGCCGACACUCUGUAUUUGGACUUGUAGCCUACUAGA